GCAAUGCAACCCAUCAAAGUUCAUGUCAUUCCUGCGGGACCCAACCCAUGGAAGCCGGUCCUGAUACUCGAGGAACUCGGUGUGCCGUAUGAGCUGAACUCUUUCAGCUUCGAAGCAGUGAAACAAAAGCCUUUCAUUGAUAUAAACCCCAAUGGGCGUGCACCUGCGAUCGAGGACCCCAACACCGGGCUUACCCUUUGGGAGACCGGCGCAAUCAUUCUCUACAUAAUCGAGCAAUAUGAUACCAAAAAGAUACUGAGCUAUGAUUCACUGAAAGAGAAACAUCUCAGUCAACAGUGGCUCGCCUUCCAGAUCAGUGGUCAAGGCCCCUACUUCGGCCAGGCAGGCUGGUUCAACGCUCUGCACCCGGAAAAGCUCCCGUCUGCGAUCGAGAGGUAUAACAACGAGCUGAAGCGGAUCCUCGGUGUACUUGACGGCGCACUAGACGGCCAACAAUGGCUCGUUCCUGGUGACAAAAUGACCUACGCGGAUCUUGCUUUCACUGUCUGGAAUGAUCGAAUCGAUGCUCUUAUCUUCUGCGCACCAGACAAGAAAUUUGAAGGGUUUCCUAAUGUUCAGGUCUGGCAUGAACGGAUGACUAGUCGUCCUGCAUGGAAGAAAAUCAUGGAUACGAGAGCGCAGUUGAUGGAUGAGCAAGGUUUGCAACCAAAUGGGAUGCCCAAAGGCAUUAACUCCUUCCAAGAGUAUGAAGCUAUGAUGAAGGCGAAGGCGGCUGGAACACCUUGA